ACGUCGAGCGUGUGGUGACGUCGUAACGUCGGGCGUCAGGGGGUUGGGCUGGGCCCACGUGCAGCCGCCGGACGCCGGUCCCGUUGCCACGGAAGCGGUCUCCAUGGUGACGGGGGCCCAGGCUUCAGGCGGAGCGCAGGAGGCGGCUGAAAAUGACGGAGAUUUUGUGCCGGUGGCUGAAUGAGGAGCUGCAGCUGUCCCGGAGAGUGGAACCCGGAACAUUUGCAAAGGAGUUUUCCACGGGAUAUCUAAUAGGAGAGAUUCUGAACAAGCACCAACUUCAGGAUGACUUUGAUCAGUUCUCCCAGGGCAGAAAUGCUGUUUCCCAGGUCAAUAACUUCCAGCGCCUGCUAUCCACACUGCAGCUCUUGGGGGUGAUCUUCAGUGAUAAUGUUGCGAAGGCACUCGUUGAAGAACAGCAUGGAGUUGCUACCCGUCUCCUGUAUCAGAUCUACAUUGCUCUCCGCAGGAAGGAACGUGCCAAGCUCCCCAGACUGACAUUGGAAACCAUGGGAGCAGCAAAGCUUGCUAGCAUCAGCGCUGAGAUGUACAAAGAGCGUCUGAAGUCGGUGAUUCCACGAGAAGUUGAUGUGGUCCUGCGUAAGGUUUCUACGCACUCUGUGGUUCAAGACAAGAGCAUCGAAAAGGUGAUGACCCAUAAGGAAAAGCAAGAGCUGCAGAAACAACGCACCCAUCAGGAUGAACAGCAGGCACAAAACCUGGAAAUGCUGCAUAAAGCAAAGAGGAAGAACAAAGAGUUGAUGGCAAAGAUUCAGGCAUCGAUCAUCCCCAUCACCAAGGUGCCGAAGGAAAUGACAAAAACAGUUCGGAUACGUAACCAAGAGCUGAGAACGAAGGAAGCGGAGAUGUUUAUCCAAGAGAUCACAAAGUUUGAAAAGAUAUUGAAGGACCUGACACCUGAAGGAGGUGAGGAGAGUGAGAGCUCCGUACUGCUGCCGGCUGUCCCCUCAGAGGAUAGCGGCGCCCCAUGCGUGAGGGUGGAGCAGGGCCGGAGCUUCAUCGAGAGCGUCCGCAAGCGGCUCACGGACGAUGCCACGGCUCGCAAGGAGCGGGAGAAGAGGCGGCGCAGGGUCCUGUUAGAGCAGCUCGAGGCUCACGAGGCCCAGGAGGAGGUGUACCGUGAGGAGCAGCUGGUACACAGACUGAUGCGGCAGUCGCUGCAGGAGCGUCGCAUCACGGUGCAGCUGAUGCAUGCUCGCCAUGAGAAAUCUGUCAUGACACAGAAUCGCAUCUUCCGGGAGAAGCAGUAUGAGGAGCAGCGACUGAAGGAGUUCACAGAUUCGCUGGACCGAGAGAAAGUGGCGGUGCGGCAAGAGCUGCUGGAGCAGGCGGAGGAGCGGCGUCGGCAGCGGGAGGUGCACGAGGGGCUGAUGGCGGAGUGGGCUGAGCGGCGUUUCCGUAAACAUUACGCCCUGUGCCUGGAGGUGGCCGAGCACAUCGUCGACCUGGCCACUACGGUGGCUGACUACCGUCACCUCACCUUAGGCCUGAUUCCAAGCAAGGUGAUGAGGGAGUGGAAGGAGCUGUUCUUUGCCCAGAAACCCAUCUACGAGCAGCCGGCCACAGCACAGCAGCUUGACGCUGACCACCCCGAGGACAACAUUGAGCUGGCCAAGCAGCAGCUGCUCAAUACCCAGGAUUAUGAAGACUACCAGGUGAUGACGGGUGAAUGGGAACCCCCUGACAAUGGGCUUAACCUCGGCCCACCUCCGAACAACAACGUUCUGGGCCACGCCGUCCAGCGCAUCAUGGAUACGGUGGAACCGACCAGAGAGCCCAGCCCACCGCCGGCAUUCCCGCCGUUCCCCAUCAAGGCCGUCAUCCUGGGCAAGGUGAACGCUGGCAAAACCAGUUGCCUGAAGCAUCUGACCCAGUCCCUGAAUCUGCGAGCGAUCAGUACCAACACCGUGCUGCAGGAGGCAGUGCAGGCUGCCGACGAGGGAGAAACCAUGGACCCCUGGGAGAGGCAGGAGGGGGCAGCAGAACCUGGAACAGAGGGGGAGGCGGGCGGCCCAGACGUGGCGGGAGCUGUUGUGGGCGAUGUUGUUGCUGAGGGGCAGGACGGUGAGAAUGGAGCUACGCGGGAGCCAGCCCCCUUCCCCUCAGGAAGCCCCCUUGUGGGGCAGCUGGAGUCGGCGCCCGGGGCCCAGAGCGGGAGCGAGCAGCAACCCGUGCCAGACUCACAGAUGGAGCAGAAGGAACUGCCAGAAGCCCUGACCUCCACCGCUGACAAUCAAGAGCCCCAGCUCAGUGCAAGAGCCAAACUGGGACAGAGAGCUGCCGACUCUCUGAAGAAAGGGGAGAGUGUUCCUGACCAGUUGUUGGUGGAGAUCAUGACCGAGUACCUGCGACAGCUGCCGGUGGGGUGCGGCUGGAUCCUGGAUGGUUUCCCCAUGACCCUGGGCCAGGCCAAGCUGCUGGAGAAGGCACUCACCGGCGUCCACCCUGACACGACCGCGGCCAAGACCAAGAGGUCCAAGACCAAGCUGGUGGUGGAUCCCAAAGCACCCGAGGAGCCGCCACCUCCCCCCCCUGCCCUGGAUAUCGUCAUCCUGCUGGACGUUUCUGACAACACCGCGCUGACUCGCCACUUCCACACAGAGUGUGCAGUGGCGCAGGAAGCCCCCAGUCUGCGGGAAGAACAUGUCGGGCUGGAUGGCACUGAGAGCCCCCCCUCAGCACAGGAACAGGUGCUGCCCAGGCUGGCGGGAUUCCUUGACCACUGGGCGGAGCUGGAGCAGUGGCUAGAGGGGCAGCGCAUCCUGGUGAAAGUGAACGGCGAGCUGGAGCGCUCCGAGCUGCUGGAGAAGCUGCAGCUGCUGCUUGUCCAGGCCCUGCUCAAGAAGCACAGCCCAGAUACUGUGACUGAGAAGCCUCCGGAGAUGCCGCCUCCAGCCCAGGCUGAACCAUCUCCUGCCCAGGAAGCUCCAGACACAUCUCCAAAGGAAGGGAUUCCUGCAGCACGAGGUUCGGUGAGUGCUGCUGGUGCCACCAAAGAGAAGAACAAGUUGUCGCUGCGUGAGAGGAAACAAAGCAAAGGGGGCUCGGCUGUUCCAGCAGAUUCGGUGAGCAGCUCGGCGAAGGGCAAGAAGGGAGGCGAGUCUCCUGGUGACAGGAAGCAAUCCAAGUCAGGUUCUACCAAAGGAAAAAAAGGCAAGGAGCAGAAAGGGAAGUUGGAAGCACAAGCAUCGGAACCCGCCAGUCAACUGGACAAUGGCCUGCCCCCACCUCCAAAACCCGGAUCCGACCAGUGGGUCUACGUGGAUGAGCCGGUUCCCCAGGAGAUUGCGGAGUACCUGGCUCGCUACUGGAACGGCAUUGUGGACAACUACACCAGCACCAUCCACAAGGUGAUGCAGGAACUGCGGCAGGAGAGGCACCUACUCAUCCACAACCUGCACACCCUGUGGAGGGAUUACGGGGAGUACUUGGACAUUCGUCCGGAUCACAAGCAGGAGUUUGUGUCGCGAUGGCAGGAGGACUUCAACUCUGUGACCGACGAGCUGCGCAAUGACAAUGAUGUCAAAGCUGAGCUGCUGCUGCGGCUCUACAACCUGCGGGAAUGUCUGUGGGAUAUCUCGGACAGGAGGAAGGAGGAGGCUAUGCGGGAGCGGCAGAACCUGAUUGGGAGCGGCUGGCUGCAGGAUCACCUGGGAAUCAUUCUCAACCUCUACACCACCCUGAUGCAGGUGGAGGUGGAUCGCUUCCAGGACAGCGCCCGGUUCCUGCAGGAUUACUACAAGGGGAUGGAAGGCACAAUCCCUCUGGAGCACAACAAGGAGUUUGCACGGAUCCCGCUGGUCGAUGUUGCUGAUUUAGAGGCACCCGCCUUCACAGACCUAGAGAUCAGGAAUGCUCUCCUGCCGGAAGGAGUGGAAAUAACGGAAGCCAGCAGUCCAACUCCCAAGGAAGAUGAUCAGCAGGGGAGCGAACAGCAAGAAGGCCAAGAGAUUAAAUUGUUCACUCUUCCCCAGUCGGAUGGACAGAGAAAGGCAGAAAUCAGCAGUCCAGGCACCAGGGGCGAGGAGCAACAAGGGGGAGAACAGGAAGGAGGACAAGAGACAAAACCAUUCAGAGUGCCCCUGGUGCCGUAUCGAAUCCCCUUGUCCAGUCAGGUGGUGAAGGACAAAGGCAAGGCAACGGUGAAGGCAGCAGCAAAGGUCAAGGAGGAGGUGCUGGCUGCAGAGCCUCUGCUCCACUCCAGCAUCGAUGACUAUCUGAUCUUCGAAGCCUACAACACAGCAAUCUCAACCCUCUCAAACCUGAUCCAGAGAGAAGUGAAGAUCAAGGAGGACGAGGAGAGGAAGGAGCAGAAACUGAAGGAAGAAAAAGAGCAGCAGAAAUCCUCAGCUAGCAAAGACAGCAAGAAGAAGUCUGCUGGGAAGAAGAAAGGGCUCCGCUCCACCACUCCUCAGCUGCCCAUGGUGGUGGAGAACCCAGAGGAGGCUCGCAGGAGGGAACUGAGGGAGCGCAUGUUCAUCGAGUACCUAACAGCCCUGGACACCGAGGCGGUUGCCGUCACCUCUCGGCUGGAGCUGAUCAAACUGAAGGCUCUGGCAGCUGUGCAGGACCUGAAGGCCAAGGCUGACGAAGUGUUCGCCAGCAUGGAGGACUGGCUCGGCAGCCAGUUCCUGCAGGAGAUGGAGAGCAUUGCUGCCCUGCUUGCCGUGGGGCUGGAGCACAUUGAAGAUGGGACUAAGAUCAAGUACCACCUGGCGCUGGGCAGCAAGGAGUUCUUUGUGGACGGUGACGUGAAGCUGGUGGAGGAUCCGGGGCCUCUGCCCCGCCAGCCCUCCACAGAGAUCCCCAAAGCCGGGCAGAUGACUGUGCAGCAGCUGCGGAACCUCGUGGAGCACUUCAUAGCCGUGUCGCCCACCGGUUUGAUGACGAGGAAAAUCUUAAUCGAGACUCUACACGACCUGGUGUCCCAGGACCUUGGAUCAGACUAUCUCCACGAGCCCUGGUGCAACGUCACCUACCCUCAGCUGGUGGAGGUGGCGCGGGUUCUGGCACCGGACUCUGAUUUCCUGGACUGGCGGCAGUUUGUGCUCCCACUGGCCCAGCCCUGGCCCUACCCCUCCCUGAUGGAGCUGCUGCAAACCAAGGACAGAUUCCAAGCCCUGGACCAGGCUGACUCUGGCUACGUCACUGAGCACCAGUAUGAGCAGGUGGAGCUGUGGUUCACAGGCGACGACGGGAUACAGGUGCCCGAUGACCCAGUAGAGCCCAUCCCCUUCGACAGACUCAGGCAGCUCAAGCAGGUUUUCUUCAGCGUGUUCGCGCGGUGGGCAGUGGUGCGGAGGGCCGGCUGGACUACGCCAACAUGCUGCUGUACUUCUCCGCCCACCGGGACCCUGCACAGGGGCUGCACCGAGCACUCAGCCUCGCUGUUGGAGACCCCCUCCCAUGGACACCCAUCCCCACCAUCAGCCUCAGCCAGUUGGAGCCGAUUGCCAGCCUAACGGUGCCGGUGUGGAGGCUGAGCCCGGAAGAGGCGCUGCCCAGCCCGGUUGCCCACAAGGUGCCCCUGUCCGCACUCAUCCAGGUAUCCAGUCACGGAGCCCCAGCCAUCACCGAUACCCACCGGCAUGCGGGCCAGGACACCGAGACACGGCAACGCUGCAAGCGGUUUACGCAAGUUUACAAGGAGCUGGGAUCAAAGGAGCUGGAGCCUGUUGCAUUGGACAUCCUUUUGAAGCAUCCUGUCAUCAUGGACUUGAUAACCAACACCAUGAGAUUCAGCCAACCUGAUAUCCAGGCUGUUGUGCAGAAGAGGAUGGAUUACGAGGGUGUAGCCAACAGCUCUCCCGAACCCUCGCUGGAGCCAUCCGUCAGCCCCCCCACCGACGAGCCCAGCCAGGGUCUGGGACUGAUCCAGGGACAUGCCCAGAGUCGCCGCAGACUCCACAAGGUGUGAGCCUUCCAACGUGGCCACCAAUGAACAAGAAUAAAUUCACACAUGCAUCAGUUUUUCA